UUUGACGGUUAACAAGGAAAAAGAUGUAACAUUUGCGUAAUCAACUACGCUACUUGUAAACACAAGACCAAAUAAUCUAGAUCUAGACUAGUCGAGAAAGAUAUACCGAAAAAACUUCAGGACUUUCUUCCAAUGGUGGGGCACUUGAAUGGAAUAAAAUUCUCCCGGGCGGGGGAAGCCAACACUGAUGAUGUCAAGUUAACCACGGAUUCUAAUAAAUGGAUGUAAGAAAAAUCACAAUACAAUGCUGCAAGUAACCGAAAAAGGAUUUAUGGAAUCAAGUACAAGAAAAUUCUCAGCGCGUCUUGCUAAGAAAAGAAAAGAUAAAUUAGUAAAAACAGUUUCAGAAAGUUCUAAGCAAAGCAACAACUGUGACAUUGAUGAACAUACUGAGAUCAAGGAUGAAAUUGAAAAAGAUAAUGAUUCCAAAUUAUUUCUUAAUUGCUUAGAGUUGAAGCCAGUAGUAAACAUUUCUGAGACUGCUAUAUAUGCAAGUGUUGGUGAGGGUCAAGAAAAUUUAGAAUCAGAUCAAGAAAAUAAUAAAAAGCCCAUGUGUCAUUGCAAAAAUUCACCAAAGCCUGUAUCAAAGACACAGAGAUUAAAGAAAAAAUUAAAAAAGAUUAUAAAACAAAAAAAUAAAAAUUUGAAAAAAGAUACAAAAAUUUAUGUUUUUCAAAGUAACAAUGAUAUAGAAAACCGAGAUCUAUCACUUGAAUCUACUGCUGUUACCGAGAGAUUAAACAAUCAAACAAGUACUAAUGAAGAACUUUGUGUUGAACCUGAAAUAAAAACUGACUCUAAUCAGUUAAAAUCUGCAGCAUGUGAGGAGAAGUCAAGAGAAUCUACCCACAUUCUUUUGAAUUCUGAACUCAAAACUGAAGCAGCUUUCCAACAAGUUUAUAUAUUUCGUGAUGUAAAUAAAAAAGUAGCUUUGAAAAUGCAGGGCUCUUCUGGAGAAGAUUCAAGUCCAAAUGAUUUAUUGGCAGCUGUUGAUUUAAACAGGCAUGGCAAAAAAAGAAGAUAUGAUAAAUUGAUGAAGAAAUUAGAAGAUGGAGAGAAAACUAUUGAAUCUAAUUUAAAAGAAGUUAAACUUUUGGAAGAUGAUGAUGCAGAAAAAGAAGAUAUAGAUCAGUGUGUGGAGAAACUCAAAGAAAAGUUAAGAGUUCGAGAGAAAAAGAAAUAUGAGUAUUUGAUCAAUUAUAUGAGGGACCAGUGGAAAGUGGAUCAAAAAAGUUUUCAGGAUCUGUUACCCCAAAAAGUUGAACAAGUUAAAGCAAAUGUUGUUAAGCAGCUUGGGGCACACACAGAAAAAGUGAUUACUGAGAAGCGCUUAAGGGGUAGGCCUAGAAAAAUUCAUGUUGUUGGUGAGGAAAAGAAAGAUAGCACCAUUCCAAAAAAAGCCAAAGUCUCUCAGAUAAAAAAAAAGACCAAUCCUACAAAGAAAAAAAGCAAUGCAGCUAACAGAGGAUUUCCUGUAAAAUUUCCUAAAAGUCUUUUGCCUGAUGCAAACCUAGCACAGAACCGUCAGAAAUUUGAAAAUUUUAGGCUAGGUAUUGUCGAUAAAGAUGGUGGACAAAAAAUAAUUGAGCUUAAUAGUGAUACAGUAAAGUCAACACAGCCCCUUACAUCUCUGUGGUCAAGUUCAGAUACCAACAAAAUAGAAGGUCAUAAAGAAAGAAGUGAUCAAGAAAAUUGUCUGUUAGUCAAAACCACAACUGACAGUCCUGAAAUUACAAUGCAACCAAAUAGUACUGAUACAAUUAGAGGAUCUGGAGAUGAUGGUUCUAAACAGCCUGUCCCAUCUAAAAGUAAUUUGAAGGCACCACCCACCACCAUAACACUUCCAUCAAUAUCUUCUCUGGAAAGAGACUAUGAACUAAUAAGUUUGUUACCAUCAAGUUCUCCAGAGAUUGGGGAUGUUAAAAGAGACCAGUUUUUUAUUCCACAAUCAACUUUUCAUCAAGAUGGAAAGACAAGCUUAAUCAUAGUUGGUCCCUUCUGUAUGGUUUUUGAACCUAAACCUCGUCUUGUGCUGGUUUCACCUGAACAACGCAAGAAAGGCCCAACCAUGAUAUUGAGAAGAAAAAUACACUCACCGAGCAGUACUCCACCUAGAGAUUUCAGAAUUAAUAAAGAAACAAGAUGUUUUAGACCUGUGGAGAAAAUGGUUGCUGACAAAAAUGUUGAGCAUGGAGACCCAGCUGUUGUCCUACAUGAUCAUGACUACAUGACACCACUAGAACUUAGAGACAACGUACGGCGCUACUGUAAAGCUGUUGCCAAACAUAGUGCCAAUGCUAGGUUCAUUGAUGCUAGAGUGGAAGACAUCACUGAAGGAGAAGAUAAUGUUGUUGUCACAAUCAAGGGAGAUAAUAUGCUAAGGCGUGUCAAAAAUCUUGCUAACCCUUCACAAGCUCCUAUGCAUUGCAAUGAGGAUGGGAUGCCUAUUGUGUACAAUCUGAGCCAGAUCAUGACACCUGCACUUCAGAGAGCAGAAAUGAUGGUUAAAAGAGAAGAAAUGGUUAUGAAGUCUCGCCAGACUGGAGAUUAUAACCCUGUGAUGUUUCCCCUCUCAGCCAUGGGUGAUGUUGUCAUGGAAGUGCUUAUUCCCCCUGGAGGUACAGAACUCAUACCUAGAACUCGAUCUAGAAAUAUUCAAAUAGUGGAAGAGCCAAGCAGUCAUAUAUCACUAGGUAUGGGAGAUGAAGUGAAAGAAAAUAGAUUAGAAAAUCAGCCUUUCAAAUUUUUACAUUUCAAUGCCACAAUAAAUAUAGACUGUGAUACAAUAGAUGUGAAAGAAGAGAUUGAAAUUAAUGUUACAGAUGUCCCAUCUGACUCAGAAGCAAAUGAUUAUUCUGUUCCCAUUGAGAAUGAAGCGGCAGUGGAUGCAGGACCUCGCCCAGGUCUUCCAUGUUGUCGAGUGUGCCUUCGCCUCUUUCCCAGUGACUACGUCCUCUUCACACAUGUGAGAUCUCACCACAGUACCUGUGAAUCCAGGGAUACAGUUUAUUUAGAGGAGUUACGAGCCAGAAGCCGCUUGGCUUGUCCUGUGUGCUGUGAUCCCCCCAUCUACUUUGCCACACCACCUAAGCUUAGGCGCCAUUUGCAUCUACAGCAUGGGAUUGAACAUUAUGUGGAAACCUGCAGGUUUUGUCAUUCUGAAUUUUUGGAUAAACAUGAGCUGGAACUUCACAUGGAUCUUUCUCACAAUGCCCAUCCACGUAGAAGCCUAGUCAGCCUGUUGACACCCCAUCAUCAGCUGAUUAGAGGAGAGAGAUCUUUAUUAUCUUGUAGCAGGUGUAAUAUUGUGUUCAGUGACAGAGCAUCGUUACUGAGUCACACUUUGAAAGUUCACCCUGAACUUAACCAGUAUAACAUUUGCCGUUUGUGUGACAAAGUUUUUGAGUCAGGCCCUGCUUUACACAAACACCUAAAAAAAGCACACGAGCAGACACUGGAAGGUGAACUCAAAUGCCCAUUCUGCCCAGCAUGGCUGCCUAACAUGGAGUUGGCAUCUGUACAUAGAGUCACUCUUCACAAUGGGGCAGUGCCAGUCCAUUGUCCAUUUUGUGGAGCAGGCUAUCAGAGUCUACAUCCAAUGUAUAACCAUGUAAGAAGCCAACAUCUACAAACUGAAGCUCAUAUCUGUCCAGAAUGUCAAAGCAGUUUUCCUUCAAGUCGUUUGUUGUCAGAACAUGCCAGGAAAGUCCACUUGCUGGCGCCUCACAUCAUGAAGAACAGCUUACACAGUGCAAACAGCACCACGUACUGCUGUCCAUUCUGCAGUGUGUCCUUCAUGCGCACAUAUGACCUGGCUGUCCACGUCAUCAACUCCCACAGAGAACAUUUGCUCCCUGCUCAGUGUCACAUGUGUAUGCAGUCAUUUGUCAGUGACAUUGUCAUGAAGAUGCACAUGUCAGGUGCUCAUGGGAUGGAAGUCCACAGUGGUGAUGAUGUGGCUUACAUACACAGACACUACGAGGACCAGGACUCAGUGGGUGUGGUGCUGGAGGAUGCUGAGGAUGGCAUGUACUCAAAUGAUGAGGAUGACUAUAGUGGGAGGGGCCACAGCAGGAGACUGGUCAGGCAGCAUUUGAUUGACCAGCAAGACAUUCUUGAAACUCAGGAGGCUGGAAGGUACCUUCAAGAACUGGAAGACAGGGAAGCAGAAACUAUAGUUUAUUUGAAUGAGAGAAAUCAAGUUGUCAAUACAGGUGAAAUGUUUGGCAAUUGUUCAUCUAUGGAAGAUGUGCAGCUUUUAAGUGAGACAGGUGAAGAUUUCAAUCUUCAUGGUGUAGAUUACCUAGAGACUUUAUCCAAUGAUAGCAUAGCAGUAGGAGCUGAUGUUGUUGCUGAUGUCACUAUGGAUGAUAUGGCCAAUGGGAGAGGGCAGGGGAGCAGGAGCCAGGAGUUGUUGAGUAUUGCAGGUCAGUUUGAAAUUGAUGGCGUUCUGUAUCAACUGGCAGCCUCACAUGAAGCCCAGUCUCACCUGAGAAGAGCCAGUGAUAUAAUAGCACUAGAUGGCACUGACAUGAGAGUAGUUGGUGAAAGAAUAACUCUAGAUGCCAAUGAUUUUGCACAUUUACUGCGGCAGCAAGUUCAGUAGCAUAAUAAAUUGUAUAACCUACAAAAACAUGUAAAAAUACUCAUUUAUUUAAAAAAAAAAUGAUCUGCAGGUAGUUUUAAAUUGUAACAAAAUGGUUUUAGAUCUGAUAGGUGAUACUGUGCUUGUUUUGAAACAGUUUCACACUAUUUAACCGUUGAGUCUUUUAAAAAUUUCCAUAUUUUAUUUAAUGUGAUUUUUAACCCUAUUUUUAUAAUAUAUUAAAUUAUUUUUAGAAUACAUAAUUUUUAUCUGUGAUACCAUUUAUAUUCAUUGAUCAAUACCUACAGUUGAGCUGUUUAUUUGAAAAGCAGGUGACUUCCUGUGUAAAUCCCCUUUAUCAAGAUGUGACUUUUAUAAUAGGAAUAAAUAAACUUGAAAUUAGAAGCAGUGCAGAAAAAAAUGUAUUGACACUUAAACAGAAACUGACCAAAGACUUUAAAACUGUUAUCUUUGAAUGUUCAAAUAAUUGUAAAAGAUCUUUUUUAGUUGUUUUUUUUGUUUAACAACUGUUUGUAUUAAAUUUAUUGAUGAAAUCAC